CCGUGUCACGUGGCUCGGGGCGGGGCCGAGCUGGGUUCUUCUAGGAGGCGGGUCUGGGGGUUCCCAGUUUCCCCGCUGUUCUCCCGAAUCUCUCCACCUGCUCUGCCGGUUCCACUGCCGCCACGAUGAUGUGUGGAGGGCCAUCCGCCUUGCAGCCGGCCACCGCCGAGACCCAGAAGAUCGCCGACCAGGUAAAGCACCAGCUUGAAGAGAAAGAAAACCAGAAGUUCACCGUCUUUAAAGCUGUGUCCUUCAAGAGCCAGGUGGUGGCUGGCACCAACUACUUCAUCAAGGUUGACGUUGGUGAUGAUAAAUUUGUGCACUUGAGGGUGUUUGAGGCUCUCCCUCAUGAAAACAAGCCCUUGACCUUGGCUGCCUACCAGACCAACAAGGAGAAACACGAUGAACUGACCUACUUCUAAUUUCUCAGUCCCUGUGCCAAAUACUUCAUUGUUUCAGUCUGUGUUUGGGACCAUGACGUACAGACCCCUCUGUGGUGCCUCUGUAAUGGAGGGGGUAGGGUUCCGCAGCUUCCAAACUAUUGUGGGGUUUUUUUCCCUUCCAGUCAUUUUCAGAAUGCUAUAUAUGAUCUAUCUCUAAAUAUAUGUUUUGAGAGUCUA